AUGACACGUCCUGUACCGUUGAUCAAGGCCCAGAAUGGCCUGGUUAGCUUUAGCUCCACAAGAGAACGGGAAUUCUACAAGUAUCUGCCCCUGUCGAGACAUACAGUGCCGCAUGUCAAUCUUGACACCUGUGUUGGAGAUUUAACCCCUCGAACAUCCCCCGAUUCAUCACUUUCCGCAUUUGCUCAACUCGGCGCAUUGCGGUUAGAUGCUCAACGAGCCACAAUCUCGCUUUUUGGUCGACAUGAACAGCACAUUCUGACCGAAGCAACCCAAUCGCUCAGCUUAAGGGAUGACAAUGACCAUAAAACUCUGGAUGGGCUCUGGGUUGGGGCUUGUACUAUGUCCUAUGACCGCGGUUUCUGCGCAGCCAUUGCCAGCUCCACGUCCUCUUCAACACAGUCCCCCACAAAUGCGGUCUUCAUUGUUCCGGAUUUAACUCAAAACGAGACUUAUCAAGACCACCCAGAUGUCACGGGCGAUCCUAAGAUCCGCUUUUUGGCUCACGCUCUAAUAGUUAGCCCAAAAGGAAUUGUCAUUGGUGUUUACACCAUUCUCGAUGAUAAACCUCGAUCCUCCCUGAAUUCCGAGGAGAUGAAAUUCCUGAAAGAUAUGGCAGCAACAUGCAUGGACUAUUUGGUGACCAACCGGGCUAAAAGUCAACAUAUCCGAAGUGAACGCAUGAUUGUCGGACUAGGAAGCUUCCUAGAGGGAAAAGGCAGUCUGCGUAGCUCCUGGGUGGAUAAGACCGACGGAGGCGCGACAGCCGGUCAGGACAACAAAACCGAAGGAAGCGUGAGCACCCAGCAACAGGACAAACAACAUCUAGGUGGUGUCGGUCUGGCUCAACCACGCAAGGACAGCCAGAGUCUGCCUUUUCGCUCAGAUCAGUCUGAUACCCCACUGAACACGAAACCAAACACUUUGCGGGGGCGUGCGAGUCCCAUGCCGAGAUCAAAGAGCAACACGUCACGAGAUGGGCGGAAUCGCGCAAAGGCCUACCCAGAAACCAAACACAAAUCGAAAAAAGAGGUGUCUGUUAGUCAGAUUGAAGACACGUUCGGGCGCGCCGCCAACAUCGUUCGCGAAAGCCUCGAGGUUGAGGGUGUUGUUUUCUUCGACGCUAAUUCUGGUGGGCAAGAUGCUUUUGUGACCAACGAAAGAGCAGAUCAUGAUGGUUCUUCGAGUGAGAAUGAAAACAAAGCGAAAAAGGAGUAUACGCAGUCAGAUGUCGCCCAAUCAUUGCUCGAAAACUCUGGCAAAGAAACGUUGAACGCGUGCAAAAUUCUAGGAUUUGCCACAUCUAAUGCUGCUAGCGUCAACAGUGAGUUGACUGGAGAUGCAAAGCUUGCUUUGUCGGAAUCACUGCUUGCUGGCCUCUUACGCCGCUAUCCUAGUGGCAAGAUUUUCAACUUCACCGAAGACGGUUCCAUUUCAUCUGACGACACCAGCGAUUCCAUUUUUGAGACAUUCAAUUCUCGCGUGGGCAAGAAAUACAAGAAAACGCGAAAAUCUGUCCUACGUCAUGAUGCCUUAGCUCUAUUGAACAUGGCACCGGGUUCUCGAAGUAUUAUUUUCUCGCCGGUCUGGGAUUCUCAUAAAUCGAGAUGGUAUGCGGGAACAUUUGCAUGGACAAAGACCAUGCAGCGCGUCUUCACUCUAGAUGAUGAAUUGACUUUCUGCACCGCUUUUGGCAGCAGCGUUAUAGCCGAGGUUCAUCGUCUAGGCGCAUUGUUUGCGGACCAAGCUAAGGCUGAUUUACUGGCCGGUCUCAGCCACGAACUUCGAUCUCCUCUUCAUGGUAUCUUCGGCACUGCAGAGUUGUUGAAUGACACCAUAAUGGAUGCUCUUCAACGGGGACUUGUACACACUAUUUCAUCUUGCGCAAACACAUUGCUUGGCUCAAUCAACCAGCUUCUCGAGUUCUCCGGUAUCAACGAUAUCCAAAAAAAACACUCUCUGAGCGCAUCAUCAGAUUCUACUUCCUUAGCCCCCAGCGAAAACGGAUCUAUAACUAGAGGCCGCAAUACUGAAUCCAUCAUCCAUUUGGAUGUUGCUGUUGAAGAGACUCUUGAGACAAUUUUCGCCGGUUUCUGCUUCUUCCACAAAUCGCGCCUUCCGCUCCGGGGUGGGACUCAGAAGAACGGUAAACAGACUGGGUUUGUCGGCUUAGCAGGAGGCGUGAAAAUGAUCCUCGACAUUGACUUUGCUUCUCAUAGCACCUUCUUCACUCGCCCUGGGGCGUUGCAUGUUAUCCUCACAAACAUGGUGGGAAAUGCCUUAAAAUACACCCAGCAAGGGUAUGUCUAUGUCUCAGUUAAGACGGAACCUAAUGAGCUCGGGGAGAAUGAUGAACCUUUGCGUUCCAAGAUGACACUAUCUGUCCAAGAUACAGGAUGCGGCAUGGACUCAGAGUUCCUACAGAAUGGAUACUUCACUGCCUUCUCACAGGAAGAUUCUCUGCUACCUGGAAAUGGCUUAGGUGCCAACAUCACACAAAAAACUGUUUCAUCACUUGAUGGUGAGCUUGAGGUUCGGUCUCAAAAGGAUAUUGGGACUCAAGUUGAUGUAAUCCUUAAACUGGACAACGCCCCGCGGCAUGUGGAAUCCAAAAAAGAUUCGGGCGACGACCCUCAAAACGACUUCGUUGUUUCGACAAGGCGCCUGGUGCGUCACAAGUCCAUCGGAAUACUAGGUCUCGGGUCGUCCGAGCUGGACAAUAGCGUGUCUUCAAACCUGCAAAAGAUAUGUCAGGAGUGGUUUCAAAUGGAUGUUCACCUCGUCAUUCCAUCACAUACACAUUUCCCCCACUGUGAUUUCUACAUCUCGCCCUAUGAAUACUUGGACAUUGGAAACCUGGAGAUCAAGUCUAUCGCCCCUGACUCGGAUGCAAAAUUCCCCUCUCCUGUUAUUAUAAUAUGCUCAUCCCCGAGAGUCGCUCAUUCGCUGUACUUGGCAGCUCGCCAGCGCGGUGAUUCAGAUGUCCUAGAGUUCAUCUCUCAGCCCUGUGGGCCUCAAAAGCUAGCAAAAUCCUUGGAUAAUUGCCUGAAACGCCAAAAUCGCCGUUUUGUUGGAGCCGCGACCCCAGCACACUCAAGGAUCUCCGAAUUUGAAAGGCUUAGAAGUCAAAUGUUUCCCACUCCUGUGGAAGACUCCAGGAAAGAGUCGGCAGUAACACCGACAAAUCAUUCGCCGCCAAUGGCAAAUCAGGGUCAUACGGACCCAGCACCAGGAAAGUCUCCAUUAAACCAAGCGGAUUAUUUCUCACUUCUAGCGCCUGCCCUAGCUCCUCCCCAAGAGGGCAAGGAAACCGCAAUGAAUGGGAACCAACCGCAGCAAGGCCCCCCAAUGGCCCUAUUAGUUGAUGAUAAUGAGAUCAACAUCUCUUUACUUGUUGCUUUCAUGAAAAAGCUGGGUCUUCAAUACCUGAUUGCACGCAAUGGACAAGAGGCCUUGGAAUCCUUCAAGGAAAAUAAUUCUCAAGUCAGCAUUGUUCUUAUGGACAUCACCAUGCCGGUCAUGGAUGGUUUGGAAUCCUCACGGCAAAUUCGUGCUUUUGAAAAUGUCUUAGAGGGACAUGACCGUGUUCCAAUUGUCGCUCUGACUGGUGUCGCCCAAGCGGAGGUUGAAGACGAAGCUAUCAGCUCGGGGAUGAACUUGUUCUUGACGAAACCUGUGCGAUUGGAUACUAUUGCGCGAGUCAUCAAGGACCACGUGGGCGUCGUUGAACCCCUGCCAAAAGGUAAUGGUAAUGGUAAAGUAUCGGAAUGCGAUUCUGGAAAAGACGACAUUGAGCGGUAG